UUUUAUUUUAUUUCUCAACGUUGGUUUGCAGUUGAAAAAGAUGAUGAAAAAAUUGAACGUAUUUUAUUUGUAGCUGGUGAAGUUGAAAAAAAAGAAUUUUCAUAUAUAUUAUCAAAAAAGGCUUAUCAUAGUAUUUCCGAUGGUCAUUUAUGGUUUUCAAUAUUUUCUCGUCCACCAUCAAAUCAAUUUACACGUGUUCAACGAUGUACAUGUUGUUUUGUUUUAUUUUUUAUUUCAAUGUUUUUAAAUAUAAUGUAUUAUGAUUUAUCAACAGAAGCUAAAACAAAUAAUUCAACAAAUACUGCUAGUUUAUCUUUUGGUUCUUUUUAUCUUAAUUCUCAACAAGUAAUUAUUGGUAUAGUUGUUGAAUUAUUUGCAUUAAUUCCAAGUCUUUUACUUGUACAAUUAUUUCGACGUCUUCAGUCUCGUAAAAAACAGAUUUCACCAUUACAUCAAACAUUGUAUAAAAUCAAACCAGAUUUAAAUAUCAAUGAGGAAAAAAUUAAAAAGAAAUUUUCAUUAUCAUUUCCUUGGUGGUGUAUAUUUGUUGCAUAUGGACUUUGUAUAAUAUUAGUUAGUCUUUCAAUUAUUUUUAUAAUUGCUCGUGGGAUUGAAUUUGGUGAUGAUAAAACACAAAAAUGGUUAAUAUCAAUUCUAAGCGGGUUUUUUUCUUCGAUCAUUUUUACACAACCAUUAAAAAUAAUAGGUUUAGCAAUAUUCUUUGCUUUUUUUUGUCGAAAUUCAAGUGAUGAUAAAGAAGCAAAUGAAUAUUUGGAUAAUAAUCAACUUGCUUUAGAUAAUGAUGAAGAACAUCUUCAUUCAGUUAAGGUUAGUCUAUUAUUAUUAUUUACAUUAAAUAAUAAAUAA